AUGCAAAUUCUUCUAUUUCAAUCUUCAAACCUCCUCCUUUUGACCAUCAGUUUCUUCAUUUCGAUCAACAUACAGUUUUGUCUAUGUGGAGAAGAUCCACAAUAUGCAAACUGCAGAAAAGCUAUUAACUGUGGUGGCAUCGAAGACAUCUGGUACCCCUUCUGGGGAGUCAACAGAGCAAGUUACUGUGGUAAACCUGGGUUUGAAGUUCAAUGCCUAGACAAUGUCCCGGUGAUCAACAUGGUGAAUAGCAGCUUCCGAAUACUCGAAAUGAACCCGAAAAUUCCUCGUACUGUUAAGGUUGCAAGGCAGGAUUAUUGGAGCACAAUCUGUCCCCAGAGUACUUUAGUCAACACCAGCAUCAACGUUUGCACAAUAAACGGCAGUGAUGUCAGUGUGGCCUUUCAUCAAACAGGUGAUGAGCAUCCAGUUGCUAACGAUACCUGCAAAACUGAGGUGCUUGUUCCAGUUUUUAAAACAGCUGCUCUAGCUCUUGAGAACAAUCAAAAAAGCGUCAAAGAUGCGGUGGAUGAGGGCUUUGAAUUGGGGUUGCAGAUUGAUAAUGACCAAUGUAACUAUUGUGAGGGAUCAGGAGGAACAUGUGGGUAUAAUAAUAAAACUACAACUCAUGGUGGAUUUAUGCUAAGAACUUUUAAAUCAGUUUAA